AAGGCCGGUUUAUCUUCGUCUCCGCAAGGCAGCAUCGUGGGUGUCUCUUAGAUCGUGCGACUGCCAAAGACACAUAGUGGACCACCAUGACGUUGACCAUACCAAAGGCUGAGCUCACCGGUGUUUUCUUGGAGUCGCUAGCUUAUGGUGUCUACUUGAUGGUAUUCAACCAAUGCGUGACUGUCCUACGCAAGAGAAGCUCAAGACCUAGCUUUUAUCUGCAAGGCACAGCAGUGUCGCUAUUCGUCCUCGUCACCAUGCACUUGGUCAUCGACAUUCUGCGCAAUAUGAUAGCUUUUACCUCCGACGAGGCGACACCAAACUUCCCCCUAUAUUACUAUGGUUUGUAUGAUACUUGGGAGAACGUUUUCAAAAGUGGAACUUAUGUAGCUGUCACUGUUGUAUCCGAUGCAUUCAUUCUGUACCGUUCUUUUAUCGUCUGGGGUAGGAGCUACCUCAUCACCACAAUCCCUUUUAUGCUUUUCCUCGCCGAUAUUGCCAUCGGCAUAUUCUGGGUGUACACAUUAAGUUUAGUACUCCCAGGGGAGAAUGUAUUCGCUGACGCGCUCUCUGUACGCGUCAAAACAUUCUACUCUAUCACCCUUGCUAUGAACGUAAUCUGUACUACUUUGAUUGCUUACAAAAUCUGGAGAAUACAAAGGGCCGUCGCGCCUUUUGCAAAGGGAAACGAAAACGACUUGUCCCGUGUCGUGGCUAUCAUCGUCGAGUCAGGCUCCGUCUACUCUGCAGUCCUGGUUGUCAUGAUUGCAACUUAUACGAGCGGUUCGCCAGCUAUGUUCAUAUUUUUGAAUAGCAUUUCCCCUGUCAUUGGCAUAGUGUUCUCGUCCGUCAUUGUCCGCGUAGGCAUGGGAGUCAGUCACGGAGACUCAUAUCAUGCGAAAGGUACCAUCUCUUCCAUACGCCAUCGUAUAACCGCCAGGUCUAGCACGAGACCAACGGAGUCACUAUAUCCUGGCUCAAACCACUGUCCCUUCCCAGAAGGCGGU